AUGAGCGCUCCGAUACUCCCCGUUUAUCCGCAAUGGGUUGCGCAGACCCUCACACCCUACCUGCGCUACGCCUUCAAGCACUUGUUGCGUGACGAUCUCGACAUUGAGCCGUACGUCCAGCGAGCGCUCGAGACCUCUAGUUUCCAGCCCAAAUCUUCUAUCGACGGCGACGAUCUCUUUCUUGAGCGCGUGUUCUUCGCGAUCGAACGUAGACACCAAGGCCUCCCAGCCGAGCUUAAUGGACUCACGGAUAACCUGCAGCCUCUGGCGAGGUUUCUCAUCCGGCGGGCGCAGCUAAAGGGACCCUACGAGCUGCUGCAUCGCAAUGCGCAGCCCAGUGAAGCAUGGAAGAAGUACGAAAGUGUACGGCUCAUGCAGAUUGCGCCCGAAAACGCGAGAGCAAGACCGCCCACGAACCACGAUAUCGACCCUCGUUUACUCUACGCAAACCCGGGCGACUUCACUGAACCUGGGCUCUCGGGAACCUUGACUGUUCCUGAGUUGCAGCACUAUCAACGUCGAAACCAAGAGAUCGAGGCAUUCUGGGCAAGAAGACAUGAUCAGCUUCCCAAUCAGCAGCAAAGAUUUGGACUACAACACCCGUCACCCGGCUCUCAAGGUUCUCUACAAGGUCGUCAACACGAGAUGAUGUCGCCAAUUUGGCAGAGACAGUCCAAUGAUACUGUGAACGGCCCGGGAUUGCCGUACGCACCACGCCCGGCUCUUCAGCAGCAUCCUACUCCGGAUUACGUACAGCAGACCGGACAGCAGCGGAGUGUAGUACCAUCCCAGCUUCCAACCCCUGCACCGACUCCUACGGCGCAGAUGUAUGCACCGGCUCAGUCCAUCCAACAGUACUCCCCACAACUGGGUUCUUACCAGCCUACGGGCUAUUCAUCUUUAGCACAGCCGCAAUACCUCCAGCCACGCGAGGCGCCCACGGCACCAGAGCUCAAAAUCAAGCAACACAGCUUCCCUACUGCGCCUCGGUCUCAGCCCACGCAGUCCGGAAAUACUGCCAACCGUCGUCGCAAUACUCAGCCUGGCCUCCCGACUCUUGCUAGACCUGCCGGUAUCUCCAAGUCCGUUCCUCAACCCCACGCAAGUACUGCCACACCGGACUGGACCGACACAGCUCAGCUUGCAGCUAGCAUGCCGGCUUUCAAAAGUCUCCCGAAAGCUGAGAAGGUAGCCAAAAUUCUGGAGAUCAACAGAGCUAUAAAAGCCAAGAACCCUACUGCGCUCACGGCGAUAGAUCAGUUCCUCCUUGACCAUGGUGUCGCUAAAGAAGACGUCACUGCAGUGGGAGUAGUAGGGCCCGAUGGUAACAUAGUGAAGCCACCAGGUCAACAAGCGAUAACCGUUCCGGCACCGGGCUAUCCGACUCAUCCGGGUGUGCAUGCGACUCCAUCGGGUAUGCCAGCCUUCGCGCAUCAUCCAGGCUAUUCGAACAUUACGAGUUCGUUCCCUCAACCGUCCUAUAACCCACCAACAAAAUCUGCACCGGCCAGCAAGCGAGGGAGGAAGAAGAAGGAGAAGAAGUGA